AUGCCUCUCAUCCUCAUAUCUGGCUACCCCUCCUCGGGCAAGACAACGCGCGCCGUCCAACUCCAGCAAUUCUUCCAAUCCAAGAUCGACGCCGCUCCCACCGAUGCCCACGUCGCCCGCCUAAAAGUCCACCUCAUCAACGAUCAAUCCCUCGGCGUCGCCCGCAGCGUCUAUCAUACUGCCAGGGCCGAGAAGGACGCCCGCGCCGAAGAGUAUUCCGCCGUGAAGAGGGUGCUGUCGCGGCAUGACUUGGUCAUCGCAGACGGCCUCAAUUAUAUAAAAGGGUUUCGGUACCAGCUCUACUGCGAGGCAAAGGCACUCCAGACUCCCAAUUGCGUCGUCAAGGUGCACAUAGGAACACCCGCCGAAAAAUGUCGCGAAAUCAACAAGGCCCUCCUGGCCGAUGAUACAAAGGACGGCGGAUACGUCGAGGAGGACUUUGAGAACCUGAUCUUUCGAUAUGAGGAACCCAAUGGAAUGACGAGAUGGGACAGUCCGCUGUUCACGGUGCUCGACGAGGACGAAACGCCUCCGUUCGACGACAUCUGGGAGGCCAUGGUCGGCAGCGACGGCAAGGCCAAAGUCGUGCGCCCGAACCAGGCGACAGUGCUGCGCCCUGCAACUGAACAAAACUACCUCUACGAACUCGACAAAACGACCUCCGACAUCGUCGCGCAGAUCCUAGCAUACCAAAAAGACCACGCGGGCGAGGGCGGCGGCGAGAUCGUCGUCCAGGACGUCAGCCAGCCCAUCGAGCUCCCCGCAUCGCCGUUGAGCCUGCCGGCGCUGCAGCGCAUACGCCGCCAGUUCAUCACGAUGAACCGCCAGCACAACUUUACGAAGUCGCGGAUAAAGGAGAUCUUCGUCGACUACCUGAACACCGAAUUCCUGCGCUAG